AUGGCACGCCAAUUUGUUGUCUUUGCUUUGGUCCUCUUCGCCGUCAUCGGCUUCGCCUGCGCUGCUUCACCUGCCGAAGCUCCCAAGGGUUCUGCUGAUAGCGCUGGUGCUGGAGCUACAUUGGCUCCCGCCGCCGAUAACGCGAUUGGAAACACCGAGGGGGCUGAUGCUCCCGCGGGCAGCAACGAAGUGGUCGAAGCCCCUGUCGGCGGACCUGGUUCUGCAGCAGCUGGAUUCGUUCCUGCUCCAGCUCCCAGUGGUGCCUCUGCCCUCAAAUUCUCCGCGGUUGCUGCCGUUGCCGCGGUUGCCGGAUUUUUCUUCUUCUAG